CUGAGAGGUGAAGGGGACUCGAGUGUACGAGGUGGGUGGGUGAGUAGGUGACUAUUUUUUAGGCCCCUCCCCAGGUAGAACGAAGCUGGCCAGAACGUUUUGUUAGGUGAUAAUCUCCACUUCAGCUGAUUAGCAUCUACUAAUUUUCUUCUGCGACGUUCCCCUUGCAGUCACAGCUCUCACUUUUUUCUUUCGACCAGAAAUUCGUCGAAAAUGGCUGCCAUGGCUGCCGGAGUCGCCGCUAAGCUCCCAGGCGCUCUCAAGACCGAGAGCGUGCUCGAGGCCAGCCAGUUCCUCGGCCAGUCUGCCAGCACUCUCGCCUUCCCCUCCUCCGUUCCCUCCGCAUCGCGUAAACCCCUCUCAGCCCGCUGUGCUGCCGCGUCGGAAGGCUCGGAUGGAGCCAAGGCUGCUUCUUCCCACACCCACGCGAAGCGCGCCGUGUCCCGGCGGCUGAUCCUCGGCGGAAUGGCGGCCGGCAUGGCCGCUGUCGUCGGCUGCCCUAUCUGCGACUCGGGCUCGCCGUCCAUGGGUGCCGCGCUCGCCGCGGACUGGGGCUACGGCGAGCUGUCAGGCCCGAACGAGUGGGGUGCGGUGUGCAAGACCGGCGCGGCGCAGUCGCCGAUCGACAUCUCCCUGACGGCGCCGAAGAUUGUGUCGGACAAUAGCAUCGGGAAGCUCGCGUUCGGAUAUAAGCGCGCCGAUGCGAGCUUCCUCAACACUGGACACGGCACCAUGCAGGUGAACUUCCCCGGCGGCAGCAACACGUGCGAGAUCGGCGGGCGCAAGCUGGAGCUGCUGCAGUAUCACUUCCACGCGCCCAGCGAGCACUCGUUCAACGGCAUCCGUACCGCCAUGGAGGCACAUCUCGUUCACCGUGAUGCGGAGGGCAAACUCGCAGUCGUAGGAGUGAUGCUGGAGGCCGACCCCAAGGCUCCCCGGAAUCUCUGUCUCGAGGCCGCGCUGGCCUUCUCGCCCAACGAGAAGCUCAAGCAGAUUGCGGGACCAGUGGAGUGCUUCGAGGUGCCGGCAGUGGGCGGCGGCAAGCCCCUGAAGCAGUGCCUCAAGAUCCAGAUCAGCCCCGAGCCUCUCCUCCCCAAGCCUGACAGAGCAGACGGUGCCCACAAUUACAUCCACUACAAGGGGUCUCUCACCACCCCCCCGUGCUCUGAGGGUGUUGAUUGGUUUGUCCUCUCCUCCCCUCUCCGCAUCCCUGACGCACAAGUGGUUGAGUUCAUGCGAUAUGUGGGCGACCGGCAGACUCUGGCCCUCAACUCGAGGCCUCGUCAAGACCUUGGCGAUCGUUUCCUGGUCAUUGGUCCCGCAUAGAAAUAUCCUCGAAAUAUGACGCUGCACAGAUUUAGUUUCCCCCUAGAUUUGCUCUAAGUUAUGACAUCACUCCUCUGUAUCAUCUGAAAAAUGCAUAAAAACGGUGUCUGGUGUUUGGAGGUGUGCAGUUCCAAUCUAGGCGGCCCGUCUUACUGAGGCAUCUUUUUUCAUUGGAUAAGCCCAGUUCCUGGAGGCUACGAUGAUACAAGGAGCAAGGGCAGUGUGUCACAUGUUCUUUCUUUCUUAGAAUUGCUGUCAUUUCUUUUCCAGAGAUUUUUUAGAAUU